AAUUCAUGCCUUGGAGACCAAGGUCUUCUCCUUCUUCUUCACUCUACCUAUUUACAAAAAUCAGAUUUUCCAAUUCAAUUUCAAUAAAUCAACAAAACACAAAAUUCAAUCUCACUCUCCUUGAUUUUCUGUGAUUCAAACCCACCACCACCAACAACCACCGUCUGCCACCACUGCAACCACCACUGUCCACCACCAGUAUCACCACCACCCAACACCGCCCAACCACCUUCGACCACCACCACACCUCCCUCACCCUCUCCCUCCUCCGCAUGCAUCCCCUGCCCCGUUCCCCUGUCUCCCUCCCCUUCUUUGCCACGCUGCACCACCCACGCCACACACCACCACCUCCAGCCACUAUCACCACCUUGCCAGCCAACUUCUGCCCCAAAAUAACCCGACAAGCCGCCUUAUCUCCGCCCAAAAAACCGCCACAAGCGCCCACAAACUCCUCUGUUUCCUCCCUUGUUCGCACCUCCAUCUCUCUUCUUUUGACCGUCGUGUCGCCGCCCAGCCUCCACCAUCACCGCACUUCCUCCCACUCUCCUCUGCCUUCUCUCCCUCCCAGACGCGCCUCCGCCCAGAACCACCCGGAUACUUAUCACCCAAUUUCCCCCGUUUUGCGCCAGGUUCAUGCCCCUCUCUCUCUUUCCCUCAUUGUACCGCCGCCGCACAAACACCACCAUCACCGUCGCCACCGGCGACGAGUCACCCCAGCCCAAUCGCCUUCCUCCUCUUCGUGCCCUGCUUCUUCGUGCCUCCUCCCUUUCUCCUUCUCGUGUUCCCUUUCCCAGAAAUCAAAGAGAACAAAAAUAUUCAGUUUUAAAUUUUAAAACUUGGAUUUAUUUUCCCAAACCCAUAUGGCCCAACUCUAAUUAUUGGGCUUUGAAAUUGGACUCGGAGCUCAGUAUGAACGAACCAAGGAAAACAAAACCCUUAGCAAAUCGCGGAAGUGAGGUACUGUGGGGAACGAUGGAAACGAGUAGUGGCGAGGAAUUUCACAAUAAUAAUGUUCACUUAGUUUAUGCUUAAUGUUUUAAUAGUUUAAUUAAAGACUUAUAGUAAGUUAUGUACUUUUAUUUUGGGUUAUAAAAAGGAAUAUUAUAUUA